AUGUCCAACCCGAAAGAUGCGUUCCAGGAACUUGUCCGCAUCUUCUCAUCUAGAGACAAGCAAGUCCUCGAGAUCGAGAUCAUCCCACCAAGCCUAGGCGCUACAUUCCUCCAGGAUGGAUGCUCACUGGGGAUAACCAAGAAAGCACUAGUGCAGGCCUUCACGGUCGCACGCCAGCUCUUCUUCGACCGAUUAAUGCGUGUGUCCGAAGAUGAUCUCCAAACCACCUUUCCGAUAGACGCUCAGUCUAGAGAUGCAGACUCAGCUAUUACAGAAGUUAUGCUCCUCUUCGACUGCGAGCAUCUCACAGCCUGCAACUGGCGCAAGCGCCGACUGCAGGCAGCUAUGGCGCAUUACCCUAGUAUUUCAAACCAGACCUCUGCCGCGACAGAGUUGUUAGAAGCCGAACUUACCCUCAUGUCGAGCUACCAGUGCUCACCACUCCAUCGUCAUACCAAGUCGCCGACGCUAUGGCACCACCGGCUGUGGGUGGUUGUCCAUCUGCUUCAAAGACGGCAUUGGAGCUCUGAGGAUCUGCUCAAACUGCAACAGACAGAAUUGGAUGUUGUUCUUCGCGCUGGAGAGCUGCAUCCCAAGAACUAUUAUGCUUUCAGCUAUAUGCGACAGUUGGAUGUGCUUCUCGCUGCUACAGUGGAGAAGACGACUGGGCAAUCAACGUGGGAACCCCAUUCAGCGCAGUCGGUUGUCGAACGGGUGGUUGCUUGGUGCUUGGCUAAUCCACGCGAUAUAUCGGGUUGGAGCUUCUGCCUGUAUGUGCUGGGCAAUGUUCCAGAGCAACAGGGUCAAGUGAAUGCUCUUGAGAGAGUGAUUAAAUUUGCACUUGACGUUGGAUGGGAAGGCGAGAGCCUUUGGACGUUCGUCGACCAAGCGUCGAGGCAAUUUGGGCUUGAAAACGUGGUUGAGGAUACCAUGCUGUUGCACUGCGAUCAAAAACCUAGAUCCUGUGGUUCCCAGAUGGCCCAAGACAGUCGACAGAAGACGUCAUGGCAGACCUGGCUGGCCCAGGCGAGAGUAUAUUGGGUCGUAGACGACCAAGGGAAGAAUACAUAA